CUCCCGGUGACUCCUCCGAGGACAGUCAGUAUGGGACGACUCUUUGCUAAAUAUAUAUUGGUGUGUGUCCUGUCAUGCCUGCUGUCAUCCUGAAACCCAGCGCCUGCGCUAGUCCACUGCAGCUGACGUCACACCCAGCAUGGCGGUCAAGGUGCAAGCAACAAAAAGAGCGGACCCCCAUGACUUGAAGAAUAUUUUCUUAAAGUAUGCCAGUGUGGUGGACGAUGGGGAGCAUUACAUGACCCCGAGAGACUUUGUGCAGAGUUACCUGGGUCUGCACUCUCAACCUCAGCAUAAUCCCAAAACUGUGGAGCUGAUAGCCGGCGUCGCUGAUACUACUAAAGAUGGACUGAUUUCUUUCCAGGAGUUUCAGGCCUUUGAGUCAGUUCUGUGUGCCCCUGAUGCUCUGUUCAUAGUUGCCUUUCAGCUGUUUGACAAGACCGGCACAGGAAACAUCUCAUUUGAGGAUGUGCGCGACAUCUUCAGCCAGACCACAGUUCAUCACCACAUUCCCUUCAACUGGGACUGUGAGUUCAUCAGGCUACACUUCGGCCAUGAAAGAAGCAAGAACCUUAGCUACACAGAGUUCACCCAGUUUCUGCAGGAGCUGCAUUUGGAGCAUGCCCGCCAGGCGUUUGCACAAAAGGACAAGAAAAGAAGUGGCACCAUCACUGCCUUGGACUUUAGCGACAUCAUGGCCACCAUCAGACACCACAUGCUGACUCCGUUUGUAGAGGAGAACCUGGUUUCAGCUGCAGGAGGAAGCACCUCCCACAUGGUGAGCUUCUCCUACUUUAACGCCUUCAAUGCUCUCCUUAACAACAUGGAGCUUGUCCGCAAGGUUUACAGCACCCUUGUCGGAACUCACAGAGACACACUCGUUACCAAAGAGGAGUUUAUUCAUGCUGCAAAUAGGUUUGGACAAAUCACUCCAAUGGAGAUUGACAUCCUGUACCAGCUCGUCGGCCUCCACUCUCACUCUGGGCGGCUGAACCACGCAGACAUCGAGAGGAUAGCCCCGCUGGAGGAAGGAGCCAUGCCGAGCCAGCAAGCAGAGGCCCAGAGACAGCACGCUCCCGAAACGUCUCGUCCCAUCUGGCUCCAGGCUGCAGAGUCUGCCUACAGGUUCGGUCUGGGCUCAAUCGCUGGAGCCACUGGAGCGACUGCUGUGUACCCCAUUGACCUGGUGAAGACCCGCAUGCAGAACCAGCGCUCCACAGGCUCCUUUGUAGGAGAGCUGAUGUACAAGAACAGCUUUGACUGUGCAAAGAAAGUUCUGCGCUACGAAGGCUUCUUUGGAUUCUACAGAGGUCUCCUCCCGCAGCUCAUCGGCGUUGCCCCGGAGAAAGCUAUCAAACUCACGGUGAAUGAUUUUGUCAGAGACAAGUUCACCACACAAGAUGGUUCCAUCGUUCUGCCUGCAGAGAUUCUCGCUGGUGGAUGUGCUGGAGGUUCCCAGGUGAUUUUCACCAAUCCUCUGGAGAUUGUUAAGAUCCGUCUGCAGGUGGCUGGAGAGAUCACCACAGGCCCCCGGGUCAGUGCCCUGAAUGUUGUGAGAGACCUGGGCUUCUUUGGCCUCUACAAGGGAGCCAAAGCUUGCUUCCUGCGUGACAUCCCCUUCUCCGCUAUCUACUUCCCUGUUUAUGCCCACACCAAGACUAAACUGGCUGAUGAGGACGGAAGGCUGGGGGCCCUGCAGCUGCUCACAGCUGGAGCUAUAGCAGGUGUUCCGGCGGCUUCCCUGGUGACCCCCGCUGAUGUCAUCAAGACCAGGCUCCAGGUGGCCGCCCGAGCAGGCCAGACUUCGUAUAACGGAGUCAUCGACUGCUUCAGGAAGAUCCUCAAGGAGGAAGGCUUCAAGGCGUUUUGGAAGGGUACAGGAGCUCGCGUUUUCAGAUCUUCACCACAGUUUGGUGUGACCCUUGUGACCUACGAGCUGUUGCAGAGAUGGUUAUACAUAGACUUCGGAGGACAUCGUCCUGCGGGCUCAGAGCCCACUGCCAAAGCGUCUCUCGAGGACCUUCCCUCUGUGACUGCAGACCACGUGGGGGGCUACCGCCUGGCUGCUGCAACCUUUGCCGGCGUGGAGAGGAAGUUUGGGCUGCACCUGCCAAAGUUCAAGUCUUCCAGCGAGGUUACAGUCAAACCAGCGGAGUUGGAAGUGAAGCCGCAGCCGUUAUAAAACGUCUGCUUGAUGUGCCUGAGAGGGCUGCAUGCUGCUACAGUCAUGUUUCCUCCAGAAGCGUUAAACUGAACCGAGUACAAAUCAAUGCCUUUGAGCGUUUGUCUUACUUUGAAUGCUGCAUGAGUCGGGCUUUCUUGUGUUUUUUGUUUUUUUUGCACAACUUUAUUGUACAUAUUGUACUUCUCUAUAGAGGGACAUUAUGGCCUUACAAAAGGAUUGUUACUGCUUCUUCUGGUGUGUGAUGGCUUUUCUGGUGUGCAUGCAUGUGUCAGUAAAACUUCAAAGACACGACGAUGUACAGACGUUUUCAGAAGUGUUCGUUUUGAAAUAAUGGCCGGGGACUUGGGGCAAAUAAUUUAAAUGUAUUUAUUGUAUUUUAUUGAAAUAAAUCAAUCAAACUGUU